AUGUAUCUUCAGCUCCAAAACAAGGCGUGGUUGUGCGGUUUGCACCUGAAGACAUGCCUCAGCGACUGGGACAUGAACGAGGAGAUGAAGCUGGCCACCACAACUGACCAGUUCUUUCAAGAUGAGAAGCUGAGUGACCAGUACCUAGUGCGAUGGCACUAUGCGCGCUACUCAAGGCGCAGCUCAUUGGGGAUGGAGGAAACGUAUUAUUUCUGUCCCCCCUCCCCUCCCCUUACAGGAUCGAACUUCCAGCCUAGUCUCUGGUUGAUGGUUAACCCUGGGCUGGCCUGUCCCAUCAAGUACCCAGAGGUGGAGCAGCCCAAGCCCCAACCUGCCCCCCCGCUGAUGGAACCGAAACACUCACCCCUGCCCCCUGCCCCUUCUCCCCAGUCAACUAGAGAGGAUCUGAGCCUGGACGAGUCCCUGCUCUGCACGUCUUCAUCCAGCGAGUGCAUGGUGUGCAUUGUCUCUUGA